CGGUUCAGUUCCGAUUACAUAGUUUCAUAUUUAAUUGUAUUUAAUCUUGAUUCGAGUGUGUAAAAAAAAACUAUCGCCUGUAUUUCCACGGAAAUUUAGUGAGUAAUAUAUACAAAAUAAUAUAUUUGAGACGGUAAUUAAUAACUUUAAAAUGGCUGAUUCGUCCUAUGAGAAAGGACUAUCUGAAUUAUCAAAGAUGAAGGUCGCCGAUUUAAAAGCAGAACUAAAACAACGUGGUUUACCUACUUCGGGAAAUAAAAAUGAAUUGGUUGAAAGACUCCAAUUGGCCUUGCAUGGAGAUGCUCUUUCUUUAGAUUCAACAUUAUCACUUGAUGAAACAACUGAAGAAAUACUGGAUGAAGAGAUAUUGGGUGAUGAGGAAAUUGAAGAAUUAUCCAGCAAACCAGAUUCUCAGGAAAUUGUUGAGAAACGAAAAUUAUCAACAGACAGUAAUAGUAAUGGAGCUUCGAAUGGGAAAAAAAUUGUCUUAAAUCGCAAAACUGUUAUAGAAGAUAUCAAAGUUGAGGAAAAAACAGAAAAAGAUAAGGAAUCGCCGAAAAAGGACGAAAAUGCAGUAGCGGAAAAGAAAGUUAUUAAAUUAUCCGAGCUCAGCAUGCAGGAAAGAUUAGAAAUGAGAAAGAGAAAAUUUGGCAUGCCAGCUUCUGAAACAGCAAAAAAAUUAGCAAGAGCGGCAAGGUUUAAUAUGAAUGAUACAAAUAGCUCGUCAAUCAAAGCAUCAGAAAAUACAUCCUACGAGACAUUGAAGAAAAGACAAGAAAGGUUUGGAUGCUCAGUUUCCAGUGUUAUGGAAAAGGCUGAAUUGCAAGACAGGAUAGAGAAACGAAAAGCAAGAUUUGGUGAAGUAAAACCAAUUGAUAAAGUUUUUUCUAAUAAAAUUAAAAUAGUAAAAUGAUAUUCAAUUUUAUACACCAAAAUGCCAAUUUAGAAUCCACAUAGGUGAUUUAAUUUUAUUGAAUUUCUACUUAAAUAUCUCAAUUACAAGGAGAAAUAAAAAUUUCUUUAUUUAAUUAUAUUAAAAUAAAAGUUUCUUUAUUUUUCA